GCUGCUUUCCCUCAUCUAUUUACAUGAGAGCAGCAUCAUGGGUAUUGACUCGAUUUACUACUCCUCAGGCUCAUCUUCCUAAGAGACUUCACUCCUCUCCAUCUAUCCGGCUCGGUAUAAACAUUAUAUGACCGCGGCAUUACCUUUUCUAAGGAUUUCUUGUGCUUCUAGUUGACUUUUCAACCAUGGCUUCUCCACAGCAACCUCUUGUCGCAGAUGGUGGACUUCCCUCUCCGGUAGAUGACUUUAUGCCCACCUUCUACGUGGGCCAUCACGAGUCAAACCGGCCUUUGCCUGUCACAGAUUUUGCCCUGCGACAGGCCCAAGAUGUCGGAUAUGACAUGCUGACCAGUCCAAUAACAACUCCACAAUUUCACUCUAGAGUUCUAGCUCUUAUUUCUUCUCAUCUCUCCGAACUUUCACACCGCGAAUCUGCGGACGUUGCUUCUACCAGGAAUAUCCCACCCGCCCCUAUCAUACCUCCGCUGACUCCAAUCGAUACCCCCUUGACACCCGGAGAUACUGUCUCUCAACUCAUCGCAUAUUCUAGUCCGUGGAUAGAUCUAUGCUCCCCGGAUCCCCUGAUCAGCAACAUAUCAAGACAGGUUCUGAAUAUCGAAAUAGCAUAUGCUUCAUUCUGCGGCGUUGGCAAUAUCAUUAUACCUGGGCCAAGGACGUACAGCAGUGGACCGACAGACAGUGAUGGACUCAUACAAUACGCUCGUGCGAUUCAAGAAGCUCUCACCAUUGCCAGCUAUAUUCAAAUAUCAAUUCAUAUCCCUAUGUAUGGGAACGAAGAAGUGAAGGAGAUGACAGGCGACUUGAUGACAUAUGCUAGAAAUGGACGAUCAUCCGGAAAGGCCAAGGCAAUCAAAGAGAUUGAUUUAUUUGAAACUUGGGAUGCGUGGAAUAUGAUUCGGAGUGUAUGUAAAUACAAUUCAAGACUAUUCGUAGCUCUUGGACUUCCCCGCCAACUUCCGGUUGAAUCUUUGCAGUCGCGCUGGUUUGCUGAACCUCUGAAAUUGUUAUCAUUGACGCCCUCGACGUUUCUCAAGAAUAAAGGUGGCCAUCCUGUCCUAAGUAAAAGUCAUCAGGGCCUGAUAUCGAGAUAUAUGCGCCUCAAGCAGCCGCCUUGGAUCUUGCUAUCUGAUGUUGGACCUAUUCCCGGUCUGGAUGACCCCUUGCAGCUCACCAUGACCGCGGAUGGGUUUCCAUCACCAAGUACCGUCGCAGAUGCAUCGAGAUCAGCAUCUCCUACCCCAGCAGAAGCUGCUGGUCGUUCAAAGGAGUCUCAAAAGCCGCAACCAAGGCCCAAAGAUUCUGCAGCACAUCUCGUGUACAUGAGAUAUCUUCAAAGGAACCAACCACCUAGGUCAAUCAUUGAGAGGUUCGGAUCUGGCUACCAGGAUUAUCUACAAGCCCCCCUCCAACCUCUGGCGGAUAAUCUGGAGUCUGUGACUUACGAGGUCUUCGAAAAAGAUCCUGUCAAAUAUGAUUGGUAUGAACGAGCUAUUGCACGGGCCCUGUCUGAUUGGUCUGAGAAGCGUAAGCCUACUUCCAGUCCUACCGGUGCUGUAGUCAUUGCAGUCGCAGGUUCUGGUCGAGGCCCUUUGGUGACUCGCUCUCUCAGAGCAAGUCAAAUGACAGGCGUUCCAGUUGAAGUCUGGGCCGUUGAGAAAAACCCAAAUGCAUAUGUGCUAUUGCAAAGACACAACAAGGAGGACUGGGGCGGCGCAGUAAACGUUGUUAAGAGCGACAUGCGAGCCUGGAAGGGGCCGCAGAGGAUUACAACCGGGCCUACCUCAGCAAGUGCGCCUGAGUUAUCUUAUGGCAAGGUCGAUAUUCUAGUCUCUGAACUUCUUGGUUCAUUUGCAGACAACGAGCUCUCACCCGAAUGUUUGGAUGGCGUACAGCACGUUCUAGCUCCACAGUACGGUAUUUCUAUACCGAGCUCGUACACCGCGCACUUGACACCUAUUCUCACUCCGAGAUUGCACGCGGAUAUUUCUCAUCGAGCGAUUACCGAUGAUACGGCCACGGAAACGCCAUACGUAGUCCUGCUCCACGCAAUUGAUUUUUUGGCGACGUCCGUUCCGGACCAUCCACGAAUCCAGCAAGCGUGGGAGUUUUCUCAUCCAUUACCUGCCACUACGCUUGCCGUUGCAGAGGCAAGAAGGGGAGGGGGCGUUAGUGGGGGUGGUGGAGGAAGUAUGUCUGGCGGCGAUGGCGCAAAUGAACAUAAUACACGUUAUGCUCACCUGACGUUCGUCUGUAAAGAUCGAGGUGUUGUCAAUGGGCUUGCCGGCUAUUUUGAAGCGGUUCUUUAUGAUGGCGGGGAAGCGGGAAAGGUUGAGUUGAGCACGAGACCUGAUACCAUUGAUGCCAAGAGCAAGGACAUGAUCUCUUGGUUUCCGAUAUUCUUUCCUUUAAAGAAUCCUCUUUAUUUCCCUGACGACACGGAGCUAGAGGUUAGCAUUUGGAGACAGACUGAUGAUAGGAAGGUCUGGUAUGAGUGGAUGGUAGAGGCGUUUGUUAUGGUUGGGCCCAACAAAAGGUUGAGGCUGGGCGCAAGUGAGGUGGGGAGUAGUCGAAAAGUAGGCUGCCUCAUGUAAAAGCCAUUGGCUCUGUGAGGAGUAGAGGGAGCAGCCUUAUGGUUCAUGUUGCUUGUAGUUGGCCAGCUCUGAUGACUUCACAAAAUUUUGGAAGUUGAAUGGUAUGCUUGUUUCUGGAA